UUAAAUCUCCUCCCUCAUCUCUUCUCUCUAUUUAUGCGCAUAAAUACCCCUCCAUCUCUCCUUACCUCCCUCCACACACCACCUUCACCUCUGCAGUCUUCCUAAGAUAUCACCACAUCUCUCUCUCUCUCUCUCUCUCUCUCUCUCUCUCUCUCUCUCUCUCUCUCUCUGUGACGUUCAAGAAAGAGAAAUGGGGAUAAGGAAAUCGAGCAGAGCGAGUCAAGCGACGACUCUAAGACAAAUCUUGAAAAGAUGUUCGAGUUUGGGGAAGAAGAACCAAGGAUGCGACCACUUACCAGACGACGUGCCUAAAGGCCAUUUCCCGGUGUACGUGGGAGAGAGCAGAAGCCGAUACAUAGUUCCCAUCCCGUGGCUCGCUCAUCCUCAGUUCCAAACUCUUCUCCAACUCGCCGAAGAAGAAUUCGGCUUCGACCACGACAUGGUUCUCACCAUCCCCUGCGAGGAAGUCGUCUUCCAAUCCCUCAUCUCCAUGUUCAGAUAGAUCCAUCACUCGGCACGUGUCCGUCUCUUCUAUUCAAAUAAAACCCGAACGUGAAAGCAGAUCAAGAACUACGAACGACAAGAAACAAGAAACGAAACGCCGUCAUAACUUGACACAGCAGAGCCUAAAUCCCUUUGUGGAGAUCGAUGGCGAAGAUGGAAGAUGAUUUCUGAGUUAGGAAUCGACUCGCGAGUUAUACGGCGUUUUCCUUUUCUGUAGAUCCCGAUUGGAUUUCACACAAUUUUUGUCGGGAUCUCUUUGUUUUUUUUACAAAGCUUUUGUACGUAUAUUAGUUAGGAUGGGCGAGUUUUCCCUCGAGUCAACCGUACUGUGACGUUGAUCAGUGUUCGUCGAGACUCGAGAGGAAUAGCUAGAUCCCGUGUUUAAUAAUGAAUCAAGAAACUCCUAUUUGUUAGAAUA